AUGCUUCUUCGAGUGCCAUUGGCACGGAAGCCCUUGUCGCCAAAGACUUGCGCCCGUCUGGUUCCUUCUGUAUAUACGCCAUCAUCAACAUGGCGGCUUGGAUCGUCAAUCGCUCGCAAGCAGCCAUCCGCUGUCGCAUCCACGCGCCUUGUACAUGAACAACCACUCGCCCGCACAACCAUUACUAGCUCGUACACCUCAUACCGCACACAUAUCAGACAUGCGACCAACUUGGCCUCAAGGACAGCUAUCAAUCCUUCCUCAAAUGUCCCUGCCAAACACCAACAACUUUACGCAUCUCUGGAUCGACUGAAGGACAUUGCUAGCGACUAUGUGAAUCAGAGCAGACUACAACUCGCAUUGAAAGGAUUGGAGACUUCGCGACCUACUGUGAGGAUUGGUUUGCUUGGUCUGGGACAAGACGGAGAUGUGGCUGCUAGAAAACUUGCUCGUGUCUUGCUUGCCGAUGCGCUGGGCGAUGAGGGUCAGUGGGAGAAGCUGCUGCAGCAGCCAUCGCAAGAUGGCAAGCCUUUGCUUCUGAGAUACGGAGCUGAAGACGACAUCCUACCCACCAACCCGCUCGUCAACGAACUAAACAUUCCGUCACGCGUCCUGGAAAAGAACAACCUCGAGAUUCUGAUUACAACUCUUAACACAGCCAGCGGUCCUAACAUCACCGCUGAUCCUUCGGGACUCGCAGAAGCUAUCUUGGUACCCCCGUUGCAGACUCCUGUUGCUUCUUCUGGUCGUACUGGCUUUGUUCGUUACCCUGUUCACAAGGCCAUCGUGGUUGGAGAAGGCAUCCAAGGAUGUUUGGACUUUGGCCGUAUCUCUACCGCUCUGGAAGCCUCGACUCUGGGAGUCUCUGGCGGCGAACAAGGACUCAUUCAGGUUGCGCUGAGUGUACCACGCGACAGCCCUCGCACACAAACCAACGACACCGGAUUGAUCUCCCCCAUCGACAUCGACCAAGCUGGAGUAGCACUUGAUCUUUUCCGUCAGGAUGUCGCUAACAGUGCUAUCUUUAACACAAAAUGGCAAGCCAGCAACAUCCAGUCAAUCAUCAAGUUUCUGGCUUCUGACCCUAUGGAUCCUAUCACUGGCGAUGCUGUAGGUCUGCGACCAACUCUGGAAUCACACAUCCGCUCUACACUAGACUCUGCAGCCGAUGCUAUCGCUCUUUCCGAACGAACCGCCAACAAAGCCGUCAUCUCCAACAGUAUCCCCGACCAAAAGCGCCAGGAAAUCUCACAAGCGAUUUCAGCAUGGGCGCAACACGCACACACUGACUUGCAAGUCUCUCUCGCUAAUGCAUUGGAAUCGCGCUCCUGGAGACGAACAACAUGGUCACGAUUGCUGUGGCGUGUAGAUGAUGUAGGCGUUGCCGCUGAGGAAGUCCUGCGUUCACAUUGGCUGUUGGACGCUGAAUCCACACUCGCUUUCCUGGCCGGCAGAAUUGAACAAGCUGGCUUCUUCGGCAAAUUCUUCAGCGACACAAUUCGGGAUCCUACACCAGCCGACCUUCUCAACACACACGCUCUCAACGCCAAAGUCGUAGAGACGGGCGGCAUCGACAUUUUCCACACCCGUCCUUGGCCAUUGGCCAUUCACUUUACGCGUCAGAAGCUCUUGCACACUUUAGUGCCAGCCCUGCAAUCGCGCGCUCAAAGUUUACUUGCGCAGUCUUUGACUACCAUUUCUGCGACUUCUGCUCUGGGGGUGUGGGUUUAUGUUGCUUCUUCUGGGUCCAUGCUUGCUGAAGCGGGUGCCGUGGCUGCAUUGGGAUUGGUCUGGACGUUGAGGAGAUUGCAGAAGAAAUGGGAGGCGGAGAGGGAAGGUUGGGAAGCGGAGGUCAGAGAACAUGGCAGGGUUGUGCUGUCUGAAGUCGAGGAUGUGCUUAGGAGUGUGGUCAGGAGUAAUGAGAGGGGUGUAUUGAGGCAGACGGAUCUAGAGGAUUGGGAGAGAGCUAGAGGGGCGUUGAGGGAGGUCAAGAAGGCGUUGGGGGAUGUUGAGCAUGUGGAGGAAAAAGUGCAGGAGAUUGGUGUUGCGAAGUGA